UGUUUGGACUACUGUGAUUGGUUGUUAUAAAAAACUGGCAAGCAUUGCCCUGAGAAAUUACCUGGCGUGACAUGGAUUCAGAUUGGGAAGAGAUCAUUCCUAGUUUCAUGGGCGUCUGAUCAUGUGAUUCCUUCGAUAUAGGACUUGUGUUCGUGCAUUAGGCAACUUAACACCCAUUUUCGUAAAUGGACAGCCCUAUUGCUAUACCUCUAUAUAUGGGAAGUUCAACUGCGAUGAAUCAGUAAGGCCUUUGGCUCCACAUUAACGUACAGCGAUGGAACGUCCUACGCUUGCCAUUUUAGCAGUUAUGCUUGUGUUGGGCCUUGCAAGAUGCGAUGACUACUCUCGUUUCCUUGUCGACAUCGUUGAACCAACAGGCGUCGCUGAUGUACAGACCACCAUGGCCACUGUAAAGAGCAUCUUGCAAGAAACAGACGGUGUUGACUACAGCUUUAAGGUCGUUGGUGAACCAAGAGUAUUAGCAAUUCUGGAUAUAACCAGCCUGUGCGAUAUGCGUUCUCUCGAAAAGAAGUUGUUGGCGGCUAAACUGGACAUCACAGUGAAAUCUCUUUUCCUGGGUGAACAACUUGCAGCUGAUCUGGGGGUGAACAAAACCCUUAUUGAAAGUGUCAAGCCUCUAGGGAACCUAACUGGAGACCGCAUUUACUUUUGGGAUGCAGUUUUCAGAAUGGAAGAUCUAACCAGUGAAGAAUACAAAGACGAAAUCCGAGACAAUCUGGAGAGCUCCCUCAAGUACAGACUGGACGAUCACAAGGGUCUCGCGUAUAAAGUUCUCGGAGAGUUUCCUAUUCAGAUGCUGUACUUUGCAUCAUCGAAACCAGAGGAAGCUGAACUGGCUAUCUGGCACUUCAACCGCCGGAAACUGAUCUUCACUGCAACGGUGGCCCUGGUUCAGAACCUAGACGACUAUCUUAACGACUGUCAGUAACAAUCUGUACUUUUGGCAAUAAAGAAGUCAAUAGCA